AUGUACAUUUUGAGGCCCCCCCCCUCAAACAAAGGCGGCAGCAGCGCGGCAGCAGCAGCGGCGGAAGAAGCGGCGGCAGACAAGGCAGCAGCAGCAGCGAAGGUAGUCGCAGCGGCAGCAGCAAGAAUAGCAGCAGCAGCAGCAACGGAAAUGCAGCAGCAGCAGCAGCAGCAGCAGAAGAGCAAGAGCAGCAGCAGCAAACGGACAGCUGCAGCAGAAGUGGCAGCAGAGGACCGCAGCAGCAUGAGCUCUCUGGGCACUUCGGCUUCCCAGCUGUAG